CUACACUCGUGGAUUGAAUUUUCUUUCUGUAAUUUGGUUGCGUUGCCGAUUUGUAGUGUGUUUUUUCACUCAGAGUUUUUGGUUGACUUUUGAUUGUGAUUUCGAUUACGUUUUCUGAUCUGUGGAUGGAGCUGAAUUUGAGGCAAUUCCGAAAAUUAAAACCACUUGGAUUUUGUUCUGAAUCGACUAUGAAUGGUUUCCUCUGCAUCUGUCUGACAUGUCUUGCUUUUGUGAUGAAUUGUUAAACUAGCAGUGCGACGUUGCCUUGUGCAUCGUAUCGUAAUUGCAUCUCCUGGCGUCUGUAUGAGUCAAAAAUUUUCUUUCCUGGUAUCUAUCAUACUUAUUGGCUGGAUACAAUGGUGAAACUCCCCUGCGUUCAACUAAAAUGUCAUAGAUUCAGAAGCAUGUUAUUUCAGUUAUUUGAGAUUCUACAUGUUAAAGCAAAACUUUGAGGAGGCUGUUGGAAUUGGCAAAGGACAAACCAAACUAUAUGCGACUAUAGAUUUAGAAAAGGCUAGGGUUGGGAGGACACGGAUAUUGGAAACUGAACCCUCUAAUCCAAGAUGGUACGAAUCUUUUCACAUUUACUGUGCCCAUAAGGCAUCAAAUGUUAUCUUCACCGUGAAGGAUGAUAAUCCCAUUGGUGCAACUUUGAUUGGACGUGCAUAUGUACCUGUGGAAGACAUCUUAGAUGGGGAGGAAGUUGACAGAUGGGUUCCAAUCUUAGAUGAAGAGAAAAAUCCAAUUGAAGGAGAAUCGAAGAUUCAUGUUAAGCUUCAGUACUUCAGUGUUACGAAAGAUCGCAAUUGGGGUUGUGGUAUAAGAAGUCGUAAAUUUCCUGGAGUCCCUUAUACAUACUAUUCACAGAGACAAGGUUGUAAGGUCUCUUUGUAUCAAGAUGCUCAUAUCCCCGAUAAUUUUAUUCCUAAAAUUCCUCUUGCUGGAGGAAAAAAUUAUGCUCCCGCCAGAUGUUGGGAAGAUAUUUUUGAUGCCAUACAAAAUGCCAAACACGUGAUCUACAUCACAGGAUGGUCUGUUUAUACAGAAAUUGCCUUGGUAAGGGACUCAAGGAGGCCAAAGCCUGGAGGAGACACCAUGCUUGGUGAACUUCUCAAGAAGAAAGCAAGUGAAGGGGUCAGAGUUCUUAUGCUUGUCUGGGAUGACAGAACAUCAGUCGGUUUACUAAAAAAAGAUGGUCUGAUGGCUACUCAUGAUGAAGAAACUGAACGUUACUUUCAAAAUACUGAUGUGCACUGUGUCUUGUGCCCUCGUAAUCCUGAUGAUGGUGGAAGCAUUGUUCAAGAUCUACAAAUCUCUACCAUGUUCACUCAUCACCAGAAGAUUGUUGUAGUGGAUAGCCCAAUGCCAAGUGGAGAUUCGGAUAAGAGGAGAAUUGUGAGUUUUGUUGGUGGCAUUGAUCUUUGUGAUGGCAGGUAUGACACACCCUUUCACUCCCUUUUCAGGACAUUGGAUACUGCACAUCAUGACGAUUUCCAUCAACCAAAUUUUACUGGUGCAUCAAUAACAAAAGGAGGACCAAGGGAACCUUGGCAUGACAUCCAUUCCCGGCUCGAAGGGCCCAUCGCCUGGGAUGUUUUGUUCAAUUUUGAGCAAAGGUGGAAGAAACAAGGUGGGAAGGAUGUACUUGUGCAGCUACGGGAGCUUGAUGAAAUAAUUAUUCCUCCAUCUCCUGUUAUGUACCCAGACGACCAUGACACCUGGAAUGUUCAGUUGUUUAGAUCAAUAGAUGGUGGGGCAGCUUUUGGCUUUCCUGAGACCCCUGAAGAUGCUGCUAGAGCUGGGCUUGUCAGCGGGAAAGAUAACAUUAUUGAUAGAAGCAUUCAGGACGCUUACAUUAAUGCUAUUCGGCGGGCUAAGAAUUUUAUUUAUAUUGAAAACCAAUAUUUCCUUGGAAGUUGUUUUGGAUGGUCUCCUGAUAAUAUCAAGCCUGAGGAUAUUGGUGCCUUGCACUGUAUCCCAAGAGAGCUUUCCCUCAAGAUCGUCAGUAAGAUUAAAGCAGGGGAAAGGUUCACUGUCUAUGUAGUUGUCCCAAUGUGGCCAGAAGGUCUACCAGAAAGUGGAUCAGUUCAGGCGAUAUUAGAUUGGCAGAGGAGGACAUUUGAAAUGAUGUAUAAAGACGUGAUCGAGGCUCUUAGAGAUCAAGGUAUCGAAGAAGACCCUCGCAACUACUUGACGUUCUUCUGUCUUGGGAACCGGGAAGUCAAGAGGGAUGGAGAAUAUGAACCUUUAGAAGCACCAGAGGAAGAUUCUGAUUAUAUGAGAGCCCAGCAGGCCAGGCGUUUCAUGAUUUAUGUUCACACCAAGAUGAUGAUUGUUGAUGAUGAGUACAUAAUUGUUGGAUCGGCAAAUAUCAACCAGAGAUCCAUGGAUGGUGCAAGGGACUCUGAGAUAGCAAUGGGUGCUUAUCAGCCAUAUCAUCUGUCAGCCCGUGAACCUGCACGUGGUCAAGUUCACGGAUUCCGUAUGGCUCUAUGGUAUGAACAUCUUGGUAUGCUUGAUGAAACUUUCCUUCGUCCAGAAAGUGAAGAAUGUGUUGCAAAGGUUAACAGAAUUGCUGAUAAGUAUUGGGAUCUGUAUUCAAGCGAAUCACUCGAGAGAGACUUGCCCGGUCACCUUCUCCGCUAUCCAGUUGGCAUAUCCAGUGAAGGAAAAGUCACAGAACUCCCAGGAUUCGAGUUCUUCCCUGACACCAAAGCUCGUAUACUCGGAACCAAAUCCGACUACCUCCCUCCUAUCCUCACUACUUAGUCAUUUUUCUGCUGCGUGCAAUCUUAUUCCAACAGGUUCUUACUACUUACAUCUUGUUUUUGUAACUUGAAAAGACGUUUUGAAAGGUUUGAGGUUUACUUAAAUAGUGGCUAAUGUCACUUUAGCUAUGUUUCUUGAUUGAGGCUUACUUCAAAUACUCUGGCUAAUGUAAUUUUGGGUUGUGCCUUCUUAGUCUUGGGGGGUUUACUUUUAUACAGGCUAAUGUAACUUUGGCUGGAUUUCUUGAUGUUAUAAACUUCAGUUUAAUUUUCUCGUGGCA